AUGUCGAACUCGCUCAAAGCACGGGCAAAGCACCCCAUUGCAGGCACUGAGGACUACUAUAACAUCGCUGGAGAAUCUUUAACUGAUACGGGUGAUUCCCGCGUGCGCCAACUGGAGCAGGAGAUGUUUCCUGUGUUGCGGAAAUCAGGGCUGGGGCUCCUCGCUUUUAGCCCCUUGGACACGGGACACCUAGUGCCGGGGCGCAACAUUGAUUCGAAUACACCCUUGGGAAUACUGAUAGGCGUAUUGGAUCGAGUGGCUCAAGAUAUAGGCGUGAGCCGUGCCACGGUUUGCGUCGCUUGGGUGCUGAUCCAUCCAGAGGUGACGAGCGUGCUGGCUGGCACUGAACGUCCUGAACAUGUCGAGGACAAUGUCGCCGGCACAGAGAUAGUAUUGCCCGACGAAGCUAUUGAGACUUUGAACGCUGCUAGUGCAGCCUACAGAGAACAGCAGGCGCAAAAUUUGUCUUGA